UCUGGCCUCCAGUUCUAAAUUGUAGACGUUUGUGGAAAAGCCGGAAACAAUUGGGAACAAUGCGGCGCCUGAGUGCCAUAGUUCUUUUAGCAGCUGUGCUAUUGAUCAGCACAAAUCAAUCCCAGGCUAUUUGUGGCUAUGAGUCAUGUCCUGAAACCAAGCCGAAUAUGAUCAAUGUGCAUUUGGUGCCACAUUCGCACGACGAUGUCGGCUGGCUAAAAACUGUGGAUCAGUAUUAUUAUGGAGCCAAAAACAAUAUACAGCACGCUGGUGUACAAUAUAUAUUGGAUUCGGUGGUUGCGGAGCUCCUGAAGGAUUCGAAACGCCGUUUCAUACAGGUGGAGACGGCGUUCUUCUUCAAGUGGUACCAGGAACAGACGGAACAAGUUCAGGGUCUGGUCAAGAAAUUGGUGAACGAGGGCCGCUUGGAGUUCAUCGGUGGUGCCUGGAGCAUGAACGAUGAGGCCGCUGUCCAUUAUCAAAGCGUUAUUGAUCAGUUUGCACUGGGCUUAAAGCUACUAAAUGACACCUUUGGCUCCUGCGGACGUCCGCGCAUUGGCUGGCAAAUUGAUCCCUUUGGUCACUCGCGUGAAAUGGCAUCAAUUUUUGCGCAGAUGGGCUACAGCGGUGAAUUCUUUGCACGCAUGGAUCAUGUUGAGAAGAGCAAGCGCAUUAAUGAAGUGGCCCUGGAGAUGAUUUGGCAAACCAGCGAGUCCCUUAGUGAUUCAGACCUCUUUACCGGUCUGCUCUACCGUCACUACUCCGCACCGCCCGGCUUCUGCUUUGACAUACUCUGCAGCGAUGAACCCAUUAUCGAUAGCAAGAGCUAUGAUAAUAAUGUAAAGUCCAGAGUGGAUGACUUCAUUAGCUAUGUGAAGACAAUGUCCAACUCAUACCGUGCCACACAUAUUAUGGUGCCCAUGGGCGAUGACUUUCAGUACGAGGAUGCCGAAAUCAAUUACAAGAACAUGGACAAGCUGAUUAAAUAUGUGAAUGCGCGACAAGUGGAGGGCUCCAAGGUGAAUGUGUUUUAUUCAACGCCCUCGUGUUACCUCAACGAACUGCACCAAAUGCAGCUGACAUGGCCCGAGAAGACCCAAGAUUUCUUUCCAUACUCCAGUGACUCGCACUCCUAUUGGACCGGCUACUUCACCUCGCGUCCCACCCAGAAGCGUUUCGAGCGGGAUGGCAACCAUUUGCUCCAGACGGUUAAGCAGCUGAGCGCAUUCGCCAAACUGACGAGCGCACAGCAAACUGAAGAUUUGGACUCGCUGCGUCAAGUUAUGGGCAUUAUGCAGCAUCACGAUGCCAUUACGGGCACAGAGAAACAGGCCGUGGCCAGCGACUACGAUCGCCUGCUAACGGAUGCCAUGAUCGAUGCUCAGGAUAACAGCCGGGAUGCGCUCAGGCUGCUCACCAACCUGACCACAGGCGAGUUCGACAGCUGCUUGGAACUGAACAUAAGUGUCUGUGCUUUUACCAGAGAGAGCGCCAACAAUGUGGUCGUGACUCUGUUCAACCCACUCGCUCAUCCCUCGUCGCAAUUCGUUCGUGUGCCGGUUAAAGAUGAGAACUACCUGGUCACAGAUGAGAAGGGUCACGAGGUGCCCUCGGAGCUGGUACCGGUGCCAUGGCAAGUCCUGUCUAUACAGCACCGCUCCAACGAGACGCAGCAUGAGCUGGUCUUCAAGGCAACUGUGAACAAAAUUGCCAACUUCUACAUACGCGUGCUGCCGGCUCCCAAAAACUCAAAGAGGCCAACUCUCAAGCGUUUCGAAAAGGUGCAUUCAAUAAAGCAAAAGCUGUCCAAGACGCAACCCACGGCUGAUGAUGACGAAACAGAUGAGUUUACUGUUCAGAACUCGCAUAUCAAGCUUGUCUUCGGCAAAAGCAGCGGUCACCUUAAAUCAGUCGAAAUGAACGGAGUUUCGGAGAAUAUUGGACAGAACUUUGCCAUAUACAAGGGUGCGCUGGGCGACAACAGCGCCUCCGAGAAGCGUUCAUCUGGAGCUUACAUUUUCCGUCCGGAUGGCGACAUUACUGUGCUGGAGGACACGGUUGACUAUACGGUUUACGAUGGUGUCCAGGUGAAGGAGGUGCAUCAGCACGUGAACGAGUGGAUCUCACAAGUGAUUCGCAUCUACGAGGGCGUAAAUCGUGUAGAAUUCGAAUGGCUAGUUGGCCCAAUUCCAAUCGACGAUGACAAUGGCCGAGAGAUUGUUACCCGCUUCACAAGUGGCCUCUCCACAAAUGGUGUCUUCUACACCGACUCCAAUGGCCGUGAGAUGAUCAAGCGUGAGAGAAACAAGCGCGAAUACUUUACUCCAGAUUUGUCCGAAUCUGUGAGCGGCAAUUAUUAUCCCGUAACUGCUCGCAUUUCCAUUGAGGAUGCGCAGAAACGUAUUGGUUUGCUCAACGACCGCGCCCAGGGCGGCUCCAGCCUGGCGGAUGGCCAGGUCGAGCUUAUGCUUCAUCGCCGCCUGCUAAGGGACGAUGCUUUUGGUGUGGGCGAAGCCCUGAAUGAGACACAGUACGGCACGGGUCUGAUUGCGCGCGGUAAAGUUUUUCUCAUCCUAAACGCAGCAGACGAAAAGCCCACUGUUGCCGAACGCUUGGCCCAACAGGAAAUUCAUUUGCCUUUCUGGAAGUUCUUCAGUAACUCCAACACGGCCAGUGUUGUGAAACCCCUGAGCGUUCCCGAUUUCAGCGACUUCCCUCAAUCGGUAAAUCUGCUAACACUGGAACCCUAUUCCAGCAAUGAAAUCCUAUUGCGUGUUGAGAACUUUAUGGAUCAAAAUGAGGGUCACACGGUCAGCUUCAACAUUCGCCACAUUUUCGAUGCAUUGGGUGGCCAGGAAAUACGUGAAACAACCUUGGAUGGCAGCAUGGCGCUGACCGAUUUGAAGAGAUUUAAGUUCCAUCACGAAGGCACUCAGGCAGAGACUGUUGAGUAUAUUACGUCCUCAUUUGAGCCGUUGUUGGCCAAUAACGCGAGCGACUCCUCCAAAUUCAGUGUCACAUUGAAUCCUAUGCAAAUUCGUACAUUUAUCAUCCACUGGCAAUAGGACUUCGUCGACAAUAAACAAUUUAAGUAAUAUCAGUGUUACCACAUUA